AUGGCGGCGGCGGCGCUGCGGACCCGGCGCGCGGGAGCGGCGAGAGCGGCGGCACCAGUGGCACCACUCCUGGCGAGGCUCCUGCGGCGCAGCCACGGCAGCACCUUCAGGGCCUCGGAGCUGGAGGUGGAGCCCACCCGACCCCGACCCCCGGCCCGGCCCGACCUCCCCUUCGGCACCUUCUUCACCGACCACAUGCUGAGCGUGGAGUGGAACCGCCAGGGGGGCUGGGGGACCCCCAAAAUCCACCCCUUCGGGCCCCUCAGCCUGCACCCCGCCAGCUCUGCCCUGCAUUACGGUGUCGAGCUCUUCGAGGGUCUCAAGGCCUAUCGGGGUGAUGACGCCAAAAUUCGCCUUUCGCCCGAACUGAACGUGGAGAGGAUGCAGAGAUCGGCCAGGAGGGUCUGCCUGCCCGCGUUCGAGGGCCGGGAGCUGCUGCUGUGCCUGCGGGCGCUGGUUCGGCUGGAGGAGCGCUGGGUGCCCCGAGACCCCCAGGGCAGCCUCUACCUGCGGCCCACCUUCAUCGGCACCGAGGGCCCACCUGAGGUCUCCCCGGGCCGGGCCCUGCUCUUCGUCAUCGCCUGCCCGGUGGGUCCGUAUUUCCCGGGGGGGCUCCUCAGCCCCGUGGGGCUCCUGGCGGACCCCCGGCACGUGCGGGCCUGGCCGGGGGCCCGGGGACUGCAAACUGGGGGUGAGAACUACGGGCGUGGCCUGGCCCUGCAGGCGGCCGCUCGGGCUCGGGGGUGCCAGCAGGUGCUGUGGCUGCACGGCCCCCAGCGCCUCCUCACCGAGGUGGGCACCAUGAACCUCUUCGUCUUCUGGGAGGCGCCAGGGCGGGGGGGUGACACAGCCUCCCCCAACCCCCAGCAGGGAUGGAGCUGGUGACGCCCCCUGGACGGGCUGAUCCUGCCCGGGGUGACCCGGCAGAGCGUCCUGGAGCUGGCACGGGAAUGGGGUGAAUUUGGGGUGCGGGAGGGGCACCUGCCCAUGGAGGACGUGCUGGGGGCGCUGCGGGAGGGGCGGCUGCGGGAAAUGUUCGGGACCGGCACGGCCUGCGUGGUGUGUCCCGUGGAGAGGAUCCUCUACCAGGACGAGGGGUCUUUCCUGCCCUGUGACCCCUCCUGUCCCCCACCCCCCAAGUGGCACAAGGUGCCCACCAUGGAGAACAGGGCCGAGCUGACCCAGCGCUUCCUGAAGGUCCUCAGUGACAUCCAGGAUCUGAUAACUCGAUCAGGAUCCGAUAACUCCAUCGAUUGA